AUGGCUGAUCGGGCUAUCAUUUCCUCGGUAGCCAACGUCAUUUUCGGUCCUUCAUUUCCACCGAACACCUCAGUUGAUUUGCGCAUCCUCGACAAACACCUUUAUUCACGGGUUAUGACGUAUCUUUCGCUCGUGGACAAAUCGAGCACAGGAGUUUGGCCAGGGAGACCGCUGGUAAAGGAUUUUAUAGACGCAGUGCGUUCCUACGAUCUAUCGGAUGAAGAUCGGGCAGCCAUCUUUAUUUCGUCAUUUUGGGGAUUUGCCGCUGCCUCUGCAAAUGUAACAAGCUGGUUGAUCGUAUUCCUUCUUUAUCACCCUACCGCUCUUGCAAAGGUCCGAAAUGAAGUUGAUUCUACGAUGCGCGAACGCUACCACGAUGAUGCCUUCAAGCUUAUCGAGGAUCCAGAAGCGUUCGGUCCCUCAUCCUUUCCCAUCAUAGAAUCUGCAGUCAACGAAACUUUGCGUUUGACCAGUAAUGCCACUCCUUUCCGCCAAGCUACAUGUGAUCUAAACCUUGUUCACGGGAAUACAUCGGUGCCCAUCAAGGACGGAGACUUCCUCAUGGCAAACCUUCGCGCCCAGCACUUCGAUCCCGUUGUCUAUCCGAGACCCCAAGACUUUAUUGUCGAUCGCUUCCUUGCAAGCUCUCAAGCUGAGCAUACAGGAGUCAAACCGGGGACCCAACCCUUCUUUGGAUUCGGUGCUGGAAAGCAUGCAUGCAAGGGUCGUCUCUUUGCGAUAAGACAUAUCAAAGCCUUUGUGGCAUUACUGGUCUACUUGGUAAACAUAGAGCUCGACGGCGGGGAGCAGGGCUUGAAGAUACCGAGCUUGAAUGAAAGAUCGCUCAAUGUCGCUCAGAUGAGUCGAGAUAUCAAAAUCAGGACAAAGCGUCGUCACCGCGAGGACACGAGAUAG